AUGAAGCUUAAGUCCUUCCUCACCUUACUCUAUUCUAACGAGAAGGCAAAGUACUUCCAGCCGCUACACAGGGCUCUCUUUGUAUCACCUUUCAUCAGCCGUCCCUCAAGUCAGCACAACGCAGUGAAGAUACCUUGGCCGAACGUGUUUGCAGACGGAGAUGUGGAGAAAUGGAUUCGCGAUUUUGAGUUAAACGCAUCAUGCAACGGCAUCAAAGGAAGUGUGCAUCUGGUCACCGCGUUGGGUGCAUUGCUUACGGGACGAGCGAGGGCCGUUUACGAUUUGAAUUUGGAAAGCAACCAAGCCCUGGAUUAUGAACAUUUGAAAGCUGCGUUGGUGGCAGAGUUUUCAAAAGAGGGUAACGGCGAGAAAGCGAGCUAG